AUGCCGUUUACUCGUGUUUGUGUGGAAUGCGUUGAACGUCCGCAGUUGAAACUCUACGAAUUAAAUAGGUUUACAUUAUUUGAUGAGUCCAGUGUUGACACAUGUUCAGUUUGGUAUGGCUAUUGUACCUGUUGCAAGUGUUCUUAUUAUUGCAAUAGUCUAUCAUACAGCGGUUCAAAGUGUAAUUUUGUCACGCGUGAAUCAUUCAAGUUUAAUGAAUUUAUCUAUUUUCAUGGUAUAUCAACUGUCUAUCACCAACGUGUUAUGAUAUCAUUUGUAUCAGCAUUACUGAGCAUGUGUUCAUCUGUAUCGGGGUUUGUUAAAUGGUACAAUGAUAAACUAGAUAUCUAUCAAAAGUAUUCGUUCAGUGGUGGUACAAGUAGUUCCAGAUCAGUUAGUAAACAAAGUCGAAAAACGGAUGAGAAACAUUUUCAAAUAAAUUUCUUAAUGUAUGAAAUUAUAAAAUUUAUUUUCAUGUUUAUCGAAGUUGAUCGUAUUGAAAUCCCGAUCUCUUUUACAAAUGCUGAUGAUGCUAAUAUGUUUUUUUAUCAAUGGAAGGAUCGUUGCUAUGCUGCAUUUGUCCGUUUUUGGAUGGAGCACAAGAAGAUAUUUGGUUCGGUGUGCAAUGGUCGCAGCCCUCAUCAUUUGUGUUCAAAACAUAUCAAGCAACUUAAUCUUGCUUUGGAUGAAAAUGCGUUGCGAUUUGAGAAGAGUGAUGAUCUCAACGGCAUUGAUCAAUGUAAUAUUAAGCGUCAUAAAUUGAUGAAUCAUAGCGGCCGAAAAUCCUCUUAUGGUAUUCUCAUGUCAUUUCUAAAUUGUGGUCUUGUAGUUGGUUUUGACGAAUCCAUACGCUCAGAAUCACCGCGUCGGUUGCUCCGACAUUUAAUUCGUAUGGCAAAAAUAUCAAUGAUUCCACGUGGUGUUGUCUAUGAUAAUGCUUGUUCUAUUAAACUAUAUAUGGACGCUAAUUAUGGUGGUGAUUAUUUUCAACGUUCGAGUGUUUCUGAUUAUUUAAUGAAUGAAGUCCAUUUUGUCUUGGGCCGUUUUCAUGAAAAAACACAUGUUCGCCACAUGUAUAUUACUGUUAUGCCCGAUAAACUUGUGAUAACAGCCAAAAUGGCUCAACGAAUCGUUAAUAGCCGUAAACGAGCUAUAACACUUCGUAACUUGGCGACUUUUAACGAUCGCCGUGAAAUUACUUGCCACUCACAUACUGCGCUGGUCUGGGAUGAUUCGUUUACUGAUGAAGAGUUACUAAGAUUGUGUGAAGAAGCCGAACGUGCUCUACAUAACGAUAAGAACACUUUGGUUAAUAAAGAAAAAAGCAGUCGAACUAAAGCUAUGGGUAAAAGCGAAACACAUCUUGUUGAUGGCGAUGUAUGGUCAUUUAGACUUGAUGAUAAACCAUUGAUGGAUGUUGAUUAUAAUGAAAGUAGAUUUGACACACCAGUGCUAUUAGUCAAUACGAUAUGUGAUGGUACUGUUGCCGGUGUGUUAGGUGUCACAGAACGAAAUGUCAUUACUACUAACGCUUCAGAAAAUGAUUCGGUAAUUGAAAGCGAUUCAAGUGUCGAGAACGGUGAACCAUUAUUAGCCGAGUCGAUGCCUUACAUUGCAUAUGGAAAAAUGACGGUUAUUGGUGACGAGUUAACUGUACCCGAACAAAAUGGUUUGUCAUUAUUAGCAACAACCAGUGCCGUAACUAGUUUCACUGCAGCGAAUCAUGAAUAUCCUAUGCUAAAGAACAUUGCAGCUGAAACGACUGAUAUUGUUGGUGUUACUGCAUCAAAACAAAGUUCAGAUUUGAAACGUUCUUCUGAAGAAAAUGUUGUUUAUUUGAAAUAUUGGUAA